AUGGACAAGAAGGAAAAAACAAACGAAAUAUGUGAGUUUUGUUGGACUUUAGCAGAUAUGUAACCUUCAAAAGUCGGGCCGAGUAGUUUUAGUUUGGCCUGUAAAGAAAACGGACCGGGCCAAAAAAAUAGGGUCAGACCCAGUCUUUUCCAAUUUUUCUUUGGUCUGGGCACUGCUCUGUAUGUAUUAGUUUGUUCUCUUAAUUCUGCGCCCUCUCUCAAAGCAAAUUUGUAGAGUAAGAGGGCGCAGAAUUAUGUGAACAAUUUAAUAAAUUUAUUAAAAUGAUAACUAAUCAGCUUUGUUUUACACUUUUUGCAAGUAAAAGCUUUCGUUGUGGGACAUAAGCAGGUCCCCUAAAUUCUUCGUUCAAGCUCGGCUUUUAAGUCCGCACACUCCGGCAUAGUCUAUGGCCUCUUUUCACUUUUAGUUGUAGAGUGUAUUUUUUAGUUGUAGAGAGUAUUAGUCGACAUGAAGGCCAUUUUCAGGUUAUCACGAUCACCGUGCGGUUCUAAAAAUGGUUUUUUAUUGUUUUAAUUCUAGGCUGGGGCAGGCCUAGUCUGAUCAGUAAUUUUUGCCAUUCCAGCUACAGUUUUUGCUGUUAGUUUACAUAUUGCGUAGUGUAUCAGAAAAUUGAUAUCAAAAAUAUUUUUAAAAAUAUACACAAACCUUUAUCUUCACGUUUUUAGAGUUAAUAAAAAACAUUUUUAAACGUGUUAUCGUUAAGAACUAUUUUUUAGACUGUAGUUUUGUAUUUUAAGUAUAGAUACUGUAGAUUGGGGUGCUAGGGCCAUUUCCAGAGCUAGGGUUCGGGCUAGAACAAAAGUAAUUUUUUAAUACAAAUUAAUAUAAGAACAAAUAAAUUGAUAGAUGAUAUAAUAUAAUCUAAAACAAAUAUUCAAAGAAUUUUUGUAAAAAAAUUUCAAAGAAUUUCGAUGUUUUGUUUUCUAUACCUUUAAUAACUAGAUUAGAUCAUUUUGUGUUUCAAUGGCGAAAGAUCACAAAAGUUAAUCGCUGAUAAGGCGAUCGAACUUAAUUACUCAGCACAACUUGGCUAGUCCACGAGGGUUCUGAAAAUAAUCAGCUAAGCAGAUUAAAAUUCGAGCACAUUCUGUUUAAAGUACAAAUGAUACUGUUUUGACUAGUUUUUUGACAAUUUUGAAAAUAGACCUGUAAAGAGGCCAAACUGGGCCAAAUUUUUUCGCCCAAUCCUUUUCAAACUUUAUUUAGCCUAACCCAGGUCAUUACGGAGUUAAGCCGGGCCUAGUAAGCCUUUUUUUAGUAGGUUUAGUCCAAAGAAGGAGUGUUAAGAGAAGGUAUGUUUUAAAAAAGGAAUCAUCUAACGUGGAGCUCCUGUAUAACGAACUCCUCUAUGACAAAAAUCCCGCAUAACGAAAAACUUUUGAAUCCUUGUCUAUUCACUGCACAGUGCAUUUAAAACUCUUGUAUAACGAAACUCCUUUAUAACGAACAAAUUUCAAGUCCCCGAGCGAUUCUUUAUACAGGAGUCCUACUGUACUAACGUUUAUUUGUCAUCAAAAUAGUAAUUCCCAUGAUUAUAUUAACCACACCAUAAACUCCAAGAAAACACUAUCUUAACAUCCCAACAACCUCAAAAAAUUCUUCGCCGAUUGUUGCACGUUGUUCGGCCUGAUGUACGCGCCUUAUCACCGCAUUUUCCGAAACGAGAGUUAUUUUGAAACACGUAAAAAUGCGGGUUUUUUGCGGAAGCCUCCAAUUCUUCCCCCCCCUCCCCAAACUGAUAAUGUUUAUCACUGCACAAUUCGAGGCUAUAAAUUACGUCCUAACGUGUUCAUUGUCAUUUCAGCCCUGUGGGAGCGGCAUCGGAACAUGUUGCUCCGGUCCAGUUUGGCGGUCCUAACCGUCGCUAUUGUACUGUAUUUGGGAGCGGCGUUGCGGUCGAAUCGAGUACGAGAUGUGUUGAAGCAGGAAAGGAAUGUGGAUCCGUUUUUGCGCGUGGACUGUGCGCCUAAGCCUGGAGCGUCGGAGGACGAUUGCAGAAGACAAGGGUGCUUGUGGGGACCUAUUGAUGGCAUGGUAAGGUUUUAACUCGUAUCAUUAAAUUUAAAAGGUAGCCCAAUAGGCCAAACCCGGGUUUUUUGAAACAUUUAAAAGGCCAGGGGGGGGCACACGAAAAUCUGAAAGUCAAACUCUAACCACGGUACCAAGGCCCGAUUUUUUGGCCUGGUCCACCGGCUGAGCUUUCGUUUAAAACCGAACCCUUGAAGUCACAUAUGCCGUCUCGGGUAGGGCCUAGUGGGCUCUCUUUAAGGUCUAGCCAAGUCAAAACGAACUUGAAAGAGGCCGGGCUGGAGUGACACAUGUAGGUCUAAAAGCUAAGUCCAAACCAAGGGCUAGCCUGUGAACAGCCAAAUAUAAUGGGACCAGCCCUAAUUCUUACAGGCUUAAGUUAGCCGCCAUUUUAGGUUUAUUGAUUCCUUCUUAUGAUAAAAAUAGCCAAAUUACCAUUUAAAUUUUCAGUCCGACAGAAACAUCCCCUACUGUCACUUCCCCCAAGACACUGGCUACGAGCACAUCAAAAACCAAACCAACGGCUCAAUCCAAAAAUUCGAGCUUAAAAAAUCAAAGGCUAGCCCAAAGAAUCCGUACGGUGGAGACUACGACAGCCUGAGAGUUGAAAGCGAGCAAAUUGGUAAAGGAUUGAGAGUCAAAAUUGGUGCUGAAAACGCCUAUGAACCAGAUGUUUACCUACAAAAACACGCUUCAAUCGAAUCCACUGACAGAUUUAUCUUUAACACCAGUUCCAACGAUGUUUUUACUUUCACAGUAACCCGUGAAUCGACUGGAGAACGGAUCUGGGACACCUCCAUUGGCGGCUUGAUCUUUGGCCCAAAGUACAUUCAACUAGCCACCCUGAUUCCUACUGAUAAGAUCUACGGAUUUGGUGAGCAUAUUCAUCAAACUCUUCAGCACGACCUCAAGAAGUACCAUACUUGGCCAAUGUUUGCUCGUGAUCAACCACCAAACUCGUACAACGAGAACUACAUGAACUUGUACGGUGUCCACAACUUCUAUAUGGGCGUGGAAGAAGAUGGCAAAGCUCAUGGUGUAUUCGUUCUCAACUCUCAUGCUCAGGAAGUCACUACCGGACCAGGACCUCAUCUGGUUUACCGUGCUAUUGGUGGCCAGUUCGAGAUCUUCUUCUUCCCUGGACCCAAGCCAGAAGAUGUGAUCAGACAAUAUCAACAAGUUAUUGGUACCCCAUAUUUGCCCGCUUACUGGGCUUUGGGUUUCCAGCUGUGUCGAUAUGGUUUCUUGAGUCUGCAGGAUAUGAAGGACACUGUACAGAGGGUUAGAGAUGCUAAAAUUCCUAUUGAUACGGUUAUUCCGGAUAUUGACUACAUGGAACGGUACAAGGACUUUACUGUUGGACAAGACGUAAGUUAGACUCUUUUUGCCUUACCGUACCGUACUAUACCCUACCGUACCCUAAUGUACCCUAUCCUAUCCUACCGUACCCUUCCGUAUUCUACCCUGCAAUACCCUACUCUACCAUAGACUACCCUACCGUACCUUACCCUACCCUAUCCUAAGCACCUUAACGUACCCUAAGUAACUUAAAGACAUUUUUCAGCGUUGGUCAGGCCUUCCAGACUACGCCGAAGAACUAGCCUCAAUCGGAAUGCACUUGACCGUCAUUCUUGACCCUGCCAUUCAAGUAGACUACUCCAUCUUUGAGAACGCCAAGCGCCAAAACGUCAGCUUCCUCAGUUGGCCUCGCCCAGACCUAGUACAACACAGUACCAACAACCUCUAUUCUCAAACACGCGACACCACUGACAUGCUCGCUGUAGUAUGGCCAGAUCGUCACGUUGCUUUCCCUGACUUUUACGAUGACACAAACAUUACCGGUAACUGGUGGAAGGAAGAGAUCAAGACAUUGCACAAGCGUGUAGUCUUUGACGGUCUUUGGAUUGAUAUGAAUGAGCCUUCGGCUUUCUCGACUAACGAUGAGCAUCCAUGGUACUACGACAACCCUGAUCAUCCCAACGACGAGCCUUUGUGGUGUCCACGUUCCGGCCCUGAUGGUGAGUACGAUGAGCCACCAUACACUACCUUCGCUACCUACCAAUUUGGCUAUGGUGCUCCAUUGUGUCAAAACACAUUGUGUAUGUUGGCUACGACCAACCGAGGCAAAGAUAUAUUGUACAACAACAAAAACUUGUACGGUUUGAAGGAAACAAUUGACACUUACAAUGGAUUGAAAGAAAGUACUGGUAAGAGAGGUCAAGUGAUUAGUAGAAGCACCUUCCCAUCCAGUGGAAGAUACGCUGGACAUUGGUUGGGUGAUAACACUGCUCGGUGGGAAGACUUGAGAACUACUGUAAUUGGUGUGCAAGAGUUUAACUUGUUUGGACUGCCUUUUGUUGGCUCGGAUGUUUGUGGAUUUGUUGCUCCAACUAACGAAGAGUUGUGCUUGAGAUGGCAACAACUCGGCGCUUUCCAUAGUUUUUACAGGUAAGUUAGCUUAAGGUUUACUUGAAGUAAACCAGGAAACUUAAAUAAAACUAUCCUAUAAACAGAUAAGGGUUCAAUAGGCCUAGAGAUGACUAUAUAACUCAAACGUAUCAACAAUCUCAUUCCAGAAACCACAACGCCAUCAACAACCCACCACAAGACCCAGCCCAAUGGCCAUCCGUAGCCGAAGCCACGCGCAAAGCCAACCACUUCCGCUACCGUCACUUGCCAUACCUUUACUCUCUUCACUUUGCCGCUUCUCAACGUGGUGGCACAGUCAUCCGACCAGUCUAUUUUGAGUUCCCUCAAGAUUCAGAAACCUACGAGCUUAGCUACCAAUUCAUGUGGGGACCAGCCAUCAUGGCCGCGCCAGUCAUCUUCGCUAAUGUUGAUGAAGUUCGUGCCUACAUUCCAUACGACUCAACAUGGUAUGCUUUGUACGGUAAAAAGUACGGUCAGACAGUGGAGAAAGGCUUCAAUUACUACGAAGCUCCAAUCAACACAUCUGCUCCAGUAUUUAUCCGUGGUGGCUACGUCAUUCUACGUCAGGUACCAGCUAUGACUACGAGAGACUCACGCAAAGGUAACAUGCAGCUUUUACUCACGUUAAACGAGAACGUUCUGAAUAAUGGUGAAGAAGGUCCGAACGCUCAAGGAGAGUUCUAUUGGGACCAAGGAGACAACGAGUACUAUCAGGACGGUUGGAUUCGUCAAUACGACCAUCAACAUUACACCUUCAACUUUACUGUAAACGAGCAUGAAGCCACUUUGAACAUUGUACUAGAUAGUCAAUAUCAACAGUUUGUUGAACUGCCCAAGUUCGACGAAAUUGAAGUGUUUGGUUACCCAAAGAAUGUCAACUUUAACAGCGUUAAGAUCAAUGGCAAGGCUGUUACAGUAUCUAAACAACAGUCAGGCUACAGUCCGUUUACCAAGCUUCUACAUCUGAACGCUCCAAAUGGCUUAUUCAGCUUGAAUAAGGGUGAAAAUCAAUGGAAAAUAACGUGGAGCAAUGUUUAA